CUCACAUCUCACUCACCAAAUAACCACAUCUGCAUCACUCGUUUCACUCCUCCAACACAAACAAAACAAGAUGUCGGCCUACGCCCCAAAGGUGGGCGACGCCGUCUCGGCCCUCGACACCCCGUCCAUGAUCGUCGACCUCGACCUGAUGGAGGCCAACAUCUCCAAGCUCAUGUCCCAGCUGCUGCCCACCGGCGUCGACAUCCGCCCCCACCUCAAGACCACAAAGUCCGCCGCCCUCGCCCGCCGCCUCAACGCCGCCGGCGCAAAGGGCGGCUGCGUCGCCAAGCUCUCCGAGGCCGAGGUCAUGUGCGCCCUGGGCUUCGACGACCUGCUGAUCACCUGCGAGAUCGUCGGCCCCCAGAAGGUCCGGAGGCUGGUCGACCUGUUCUCUCGCCACCGCAGCCUGAGGAUCGUCGUUGACGACGCCGCCGCCGCCACCGCGAUCGACGAUGCCCUCCGCGAGGCAGGCUUCACCCACGACGACGCCAUCAUGACCCUCAUCGACCUCGACGUCGGCCUGCACCGCACCGGCGUCAAGCCCGACGGCGCCGCUGCCCUGGCGAGCCACGUCGCCGGCCUGAAGAACCUGCGCCUCAUCGGCGUCCAGGGCUACGAGGGCCACCUGCAGCACGUCCACGGGCUCGACGAGAGGAGGCGCCUGUGUCUCGAGAGCAUGGCCGUCCUGACCGCCACGGCCGAGGAGCUGCGCGCCCAGGGCCACAAGAUCGACGUGGUCACGACCGGGGGCACCGGCACCGCCGAGUUCUGUGUCACCGUCCCCGGCAUCACCGAGGUGCAGCCCGGGAGUUUCCUGUUCAUGGACACCGACUACCGCAACGCCGUCGGCUCCUUCUACGGCAACAGCCUGACCAUCCUGUCCACCGUCCUGAGCAGGCAGGGGCCCCGCGCCGUGACCAUCGAUGCUGGGCUCAAGUCCCUGACCACCGACAGCGGCCUCGCCGAGGCCAAGGACAAGCGCUACGCGUACGGCGUCCUCGGCGACGAGCACGGCAGCCUGAGCUGGGAGGCCAGCACCCCCGACCUGAACGUUGGCGACCGCGUCGAGAUGAUCCCCAGCCACAUCGACCCCACUGUCAACCUGCAUGACGCCUACUAUGCCUACAGGAAGGGCGUCGUGGAGGAGAUCUGGGCCGUCGACUCCCGAGGCAAGGUCCAGUGAUUUCUGUCUGAUUCGGGAACAACUACCGAACAUAGCCCUUGGCCUGAUCAGAGCCAUCACGGUGACGCAAAACGGCAACACGUGGGUUAGUUGUGGCUUGAUCGUUCCACGGCUCUAUCGGUAUCCAAGAGCCAUGUCCGCCGGGUCAGGCCAGACUGUGCCAGCGACGAUGAUCACGGUUGCGUCGAUUGGGCUCUCAGCACAGAGAAGCUUCGUCGCACGUUGAAUUAUCAAAACCCCAUAGCAUGUGCUUACAACCAAGCCUUGGAUCGGAAUUAACUGGGUAGUGUGCCUGGUUUCUCCAACAGGUUUGGGUUCGUCAGCAGAAAGAAGCCUUCACCACCUCGCUCCUGAUUUCCCACCGCGGUUGCAGUUACGGGGUGGGAGUAGUCUGAAGUAUCCGAAGAACAUCUGAAAUGAGAUUCAGGUGGUCUUUUGGGGGGGGGUAGGGAAGAGAAGGCUACCAUGCCCAAGUACCUAGGUAAUUGAUGAAUCAGUUCA